AUGAAGUGGCAAAUUAUUUUCUUUGCGUUUUUGAGUAUUUUGAACUCUUACGCUGAAUGCAAGUGGAAGUCCUAUGACAAGCGAGGUGCAAACUGGCGGGAAACCGCUAAUGAAGUGACCCAUAGACCACAAGAGAUUCCAGACCCACCUGACCACAAAAAGCUGAUUCCGAUGGCCAGAUAUGUGUUACACAAUGCAGACUGGGCCUCGGUAGCGACAAUAUCAGUUUUACCAGCCAUAGAGGGUUUCCCAUUUUCGAACGUUAAGUCUGUCGUGGACGGGUCUCUUGCCAACUCCACAGGUGUACCUUAUUUCUAUAUGUCUCCUAUGGAUUUUACUGCCAAAGAUUUGUCGAAAAACAACCGUGCCACCGUGCUGGUAUCGCUUGAAGAAACGAGGUAUUGUGAGAACCAAAAAAUUGACCCUGAAGACCCUCGAUGCACGCGCUUGAUGUUGUCCGGAAAAAUGAAAAAGAUGAAGAAUGGCACGCCGGAGUACACGUUUGCAAAGGCCGCCUUGUUCGAGAGACAUCCGGCUAUGGCUGACUUCCCUCCGGAUCACGAUUGGUUCGUCGCCAAGUUGAAAAUAGCCCAAAUCGCGAUGGUCGACUGGUUUGGCGGUGCUAAAUACAUACCUGUCAAAAACUAUUUGGCAUACAACUACACGGGCAUGGAAAUGCUCCAGUAUCACAACCAACACAUCCAGAGAGCUACAAUUCCUUGA